GAGAGCUGUGAACGCGCGUACCAAAGCAUUAUCUGUUCUUGUCCGAAGAGUGUAAACGCCUCCAUCAAGACAUCUACUUUCAGGAGAAACUGCCUUUCUGUUUUGAAGUAUUGUUUGUUGCGUUGGUUAAGUUAACACGUUGAAAUUUUCAUUAGAUUUUCCCUUUUUAGCAUCAUUUAAAAAAGUCCUGCUGAACCACGCUAACCUGUUGCUCUGGUGAUAUCUACAAUUUCCACUUUAUAGUGUCAUGACGUAUAUACGGCACUGAAUAACUAUCAAGCUGAUUGCCUGUGGUUAAAAAUACAACUAGUUGAAUUCAGUAUAACUAAACUGCUUUUUUACCUAUGUAUUGAGUGGUAACACUCUUGGGUCCAAUUUUUAUAUCAGUGUUGCGCAGUUGUCUACUAAAUGCUCAUCGUGUACUUUGAUUCUUACUGGGAAGAAACUACUAAUACUCCUGUCGCAAUCUGAACAGUAAACGUUUGCGUUAUGAACUCAUUUUUGGAGGAGAAAACAUAUAAUUACUCCUCAUGAACACUUCGAAGUUCGGUAAUUUGAGUAAACUGCAUUUUAAUACUGCGAUUUCCGAUUUGGUUAGUACACUGUCAUUACAAGUAUUUCACUAUCAGCUGCACAAAACUGAUCUUAUUUGUCAUCUGUCAUCUGAUUCACUUAGACGGUGGGUGUCGACUGUCAAGAUAUUGGAUGAUGCUGCCGUAAAGUUUAGUGUUUAAAAUUCGUAGAGUGAAAAAUAUUCUCAUAGAUAGUUGUGCUACUUGUUGCGCUUGGAAACUGCAGAGCCUACAUUCUUUGAAAAACUCUAUCUGUUGAAAGUAUAACAUAAGUAUUUUUGGCAUAUUUUCAAAUUCUGUUUGCUAACUUGACGCAAUUGGAGUGAACACUUGUAAUCUUGUAGGGGAAAAGUGAUGGAAAACAUAUAUGCAGUUAAUAAACCAAUAGCUACUGAUAGGUAAUAGAAAUUAUAUGAUUCAGUUAACAUACUUCAUCUCGAGUGUAAAAGGGAUACAAGUACCUCGUUGAAAUGCCAACGAAUCAGCAUUUAAAAUGAUCUCGUUUGCUGUAUAUUUUUGAUUUCUCUGAGUUUCUGGUCAGAAGCUUUCACCUAUGUGCAGUGCUGCAUAUCAAAGUGGACAGAGGUAAUUUACGUCUAUCGAGGGUCUUUUUAAAUAAAGACCGUUUCUUUGCAUUUUUCAAACUUUUAUUUCUACUGUUUAGGAGUUUGCUGAUAAAACCAUCUAUUUCCAAUAAUAAGUGCCGGUUAAUAUUUGAUAAAGUAAUCCCACAGUGACACAUGAUUUGUGUUGCUAUAUGCUUUUUUUAAGCCUUUGGCAUUUGCUAAAGAUUAAUCAUUCAGAUGCUGAGUAAAAGCCCUUCUCAUAUUUCCGUGUUUUGUGUUUUGCAUACUUAUUUUAACAUCAUGGAGAUAUAGUUGAACUGAUGAUGUAGUGGAGUUAAGUAAAUUAGCAUAUUAUAACAGAGCCUAUAUUGUUGCUAUAACGAUAAGCUUAAGAGCGACACAACAUGAUUUUCUGAUAUGAAUUUCCGAAAUCAAAUUGGUAAAAUACCACAUAAGAAAUUAACACAGUUACCAUCUACUCUCUCUAAUACUGCCUUUACUUUUGAAACAGCAUAAAAUGCUUUUCAGAGGUCAGAGACAUUCAUAAUGAGAUGUUAAGUUGUAUCAGCACCAUUAUAUUGGUGUACGGUAAGUGAAACAGGAGAAAUUUUAGUCUAUCUAGAUUGCCAGAAAGUGUUAAUUUGCGCAGGUAAGUAGAUGGUUUGGUUUAAAAGGUGUUUUCCAAGACUGUGAUCACAUAAGCGGUUAAAUAUUGGGUAAGACGUUUGUUACAGGGCUUAGUUUUGUACUUUCUAUGACUUGAUAACUUGUUUUUUACCUGUAAAAUGUCAGGUGUUUUUUAAACAAUGAGUCAGUGCAAUACACAUUUCACUUUAACAACCUUCAAUAUGGUAGUAAGAAAUUCUAUUAUUAUUAUAUUUGCUGCAUGAGAAGUAUCACCACAAGAGAUACAACUCUGUAUACUGAAAUUUGACGUUAAAAAUUUCCCUUGUGCGAAUAAAGUGACGAGGUCGGAGUUGAAUUUAGGGCACUAUUGUAGCCUCAUGUUGCAGAAAACUCUUGUCUAACAUAUUAAUGAAAUGCUGAAACUCCUCUAGUGAUUGUAGAUGCACUAGGGCAACGGUGUAUAAGUUAUUGCAUGAGGCGCUGUGUAGAUUGGUAAUCGCUUUCUGUUGAUGCUAUUGCUUUCAAAUCUCUGAAAUAUCUCACAUAAAGUGAUCACAUUGUGAAGUAAAGUAACCGAUAAUUCUUUUUCACUUGUUUCGAAACGUUUUCACUGUUUGCUAUGAAUUUGAAAAGACAAAAGCUUUCUAAGAAUGAAAAAGUAUUUGCAUUUGAUUGUUCUUCCGUCCUGCUUGUGUGACUGUCUUAUCUUCCCAGCUAAAUCCGAAAGGUAAGGUCGGAAAAUUAUGCUUGUAUUUCGCUAGUUACCAAAAUUCGAAAAACAAGCAUAUUUUAAAGUUUUUAAAAAAAGAGUGUUACAUGACAAGUAGGUAGCUGUUUUUUGAAUUCACAUGACUCGCCCAAUAAUUGGCCAAAGUAACGUUUGGAGAUUUAUAAGAAGCAAUAUAAUUUUGAAGAACUAAUAAAAAGUAGGUGUAAAUGUAUGCUAUGGUUGUCAUAUAACUCGAUAUGACUGCAUAAAUUUAUAGUCUGUCAAAUUUUUGUACAUAAUAAAACAGCCAAGAGUUAUAUUAUUUGCUCAGUAAGUCGUAAUACAAUGAAGUCGAUAAAUUUCCGAGCUAUCCUAUUGUGAGUCAUAGCUGUGAUGAGAAGUAACUCACUUUAGUAGGAUUAAAAUGGAAACAGUAUAAGAGGUUAAUGCAGUGCUGAAUGAUAUAAGCAUAGCGUUAGAGAGUUAUAAAAUAAGAAAGUCAGUGUUAGCAAACGAAAAUCUUGCUAUCAAAUGCCUCAAAAAUCAAAAGACGUUAUAGCCCAUCAGAAGUUGUCUGAAACUAUAACUAAUUUAUCUCUGUCUAAUACUCUAUCGUCUUAACUGAUUUUUUCUUUGCGGCUAAACUUUGGUAAUUCAGCUAGUCGCCUACUGUUAUCCUCCACUUAGUACUCUUAAGAUAUUCUAAAACAGUGUUGUAGUGUCUACUACGGGCAUUCAGAAACAUUUAUGUAUAGAAUGUAGUGACCCACUGUUAUAAGUCUUCGUACCGCUUAAAGAGAUGAUCAGCUCAGAAUAAAUCAACCGUAGAAGUGCCAGUCUUGUAAAUCCUGUGCUGUAGUCAAAAAUUAAAGGGUGAGAAAGCAUUUCAAAGUGCAGUUCAUUGCAAAGAUAUAAGUAGGAAGUUUUUGAACAGCUGUCGUCAUAAAGCUGGGAUAUAUGAAUAUAAUUCAGGAUGUUUGAGAAUGAAAAAAGGAGUUUGGUAGAAGAUCAAUAUGUAUUCCGGAAUCUUGCAUGCAGUAAUAGUAUAGUCAACAUUUAUAUAACUUCACACUGGCUGCUGCUAGAGGCUAAACAUUUAUUUGAUAGACUUAGUUCACAAAGACUGCUAGUCCUUUAGAGACCAGGAAGUUGCUUCAUCUAUUUUCUGCCUUCUUUCGAAACCUACUUCUGCAUAUAUGCAGUCUUUGAUCUACAAGUUUCAUAUUCUUGGUUUUCACAUUUGGGCUCAUAACCUUUUGAAAACUCUUGAAAUGACUUGUUUCUUCAAAUUCAUCAUUAUCUGAUAUCAUUAUGUGAAUCCUUAAUAAAUCUUCUUUUAGGAAUAUUAAACUGUGAAGUAUGCAGCAGAAUUUGCAGGCUGACUUUUGGCUCUCAUGCGCUGCAAUCGUAGAUUUAAAAUACAUAUUUGGCUAUAUGGUUCUGAUAACUUUUAGGAGCUAAUUAACUCAGAAUAACUACAUUUCUUUGGCAAACAGCUUUUUUUCUUCAAGUUGUAAUUUUUAUGAAUCAGCAGUUGUCGAGCCACUUACACCCGUGGAAAUCUUUAAGUAUUGCUGUUGCUGAGUUCAACAACGCUAGUUAUAAACACUUCUGAAACUAGGAGCACAGAGAUAUCUGGUUGAUCUAGGCGCUGCUGGCAACGCUUCACUAAUUUUUGCGGUUAUCUUUUGCACACCCUGCGGUGUGAAAUAUGAGCAUAUAUAAUGAAAUAAUAAAAUAAGCGCUGGUUAUUGACAAAUAACGUCUUUAUUUUAUUUGUGAUCAUCUACUGUGAGCCAUACCAAAUAAUUUACUACUCAGAAGACGGAUAUAUACCUGUGAAGUUUCUUCUCAGCACAUAAAAACGUCAACUAAUAUAUAUCAUUCUUUGACCAAUUGUGCGAUAUUCUUCUACCAAAGGAUUAUAGAGCUAUUUAGUGAUUUGAAAAACAAUCGUUGCACAGAUGACGAGCCCAGUUGUCCAACAACCUGUGGCUGUGGUAACUCCAGUGUACUUUGGUCCUCAUCCUGCAUCACUCCCAUGUAAUAUUUGUAUGAACAAGAUUACGACAACUGUUCACUACGGAAAAGGUGCAUGCACUUGGCUAGCAUGCACUGGAAUAAUACUAGUUGGGGGUAUACUUGGUUGCUGUUUAAUACCGUUCUAUGUUGAUUCAUGUAAGGAUGUCUACCAUAGUUGCCCGGAAUGCGGAACCUUACUUGGAGUUUACAAACGUAUCUGAAUUUAUAAAGCUUAUUCUGCUUACUAUUCUCAUAAAACUAAAUUUUUCCUCCGCUCCAUUUUUUUAAAUAAUAAACAUAACAUUUAAAAAUAGGUAAACAUUAUUCUUUGUAAUGCUGUAAAAUCCAUUUUAUUUAUCAAAUUCCUUCUUUCUGAGACUAUUUUUUCACAGCUUUGAGUGAGUGAUUUCAAUUCCUUUUUCUCACCUUUGAAUAUCCUAUUAUUCAUAUGCUGUACAUGGAAAGAUGAGCACAUGGCUGUUUACCUGCAUCUCUGUUAUCCUAUUUAAAUUGAAAUAAUAAUUUUUUUCUUCAUAUGAUUUGUUAAGACCUUUUUAUAUCAGGUAAACAAUUCAGUCAUUCACUUUUUUCAGCCUGACAGUAUUAUGAUACAUUGUUGGCUUUGAAAUGCAUGUUUUUAUUGCAAUCCGUACAAUGACUAUGGUUGAAUAUAGUGUUGAAUAAAACAUUUUUUUCGG